AGGGAGUGUGAUCCCGGGUGCAGUGUUCCUGAGAGCGCAGGAAGGCAGUGGGAGUUGAACUUAACUCGGUGUGUGUCAGGAGUUUCCUGCUGUUUUAUCCCAACUCGACUCUUCUUGUGCACCACACUCACACUUUGUGCUCACUCGCACCUUGGUGACAGAACGCGACUGUGUUCGUUCGGAGCUGGAGAGUUCCGUGUUUUCCUGAGAACACCUGGAACACAAACCAGUGCCGUCACAGGUACAAAGGAGCAGAGGAUCCGGAAGAACUCGCACUUCGAGUUUGCAGUCUUCCCAACGUGGAUCUCGUAUUUAACCCACACACACUGGGGUUCAACAUGAUGGACUUAAAGAAGAGGAAGAUCUUUAUCCUUGUGGAUGUUCUGUGUGUGACGAUCGCGGCUCUGCCGUUCGUGAUCAUGACCAUCUUGUCCCAGCCAUACCAGCGAGGCGUGUACUGUGAUGACGAGAGCAUUCGUUACCCGUACAAGACUGACACCAUCUCACAAAGCAUGAUGGCUGCUGUCACAAUCACCUGCUCCGUCGUCAUUAUUACCACCGGAGAAGCCUACCUGGUCUACAGCAAGCGCCUCUACUCAAACUCCGACUUCAACCAGUAUGCUGCAGCGCUCUACAAAGUCGUGGGCACGUUCCUGUUUGGCGCCUGUGUGAGCCAGUCUCUCACAGAAAUGGCCAAAUUCACAAUCGGGCGCCCACGGCCCAACUUCAUGGCCGUGUGCGCGCCGGUCGUGUGCAAGGGUUACAUGCUGCAAAUUAACUGCACGGGAAGCCCAAGAAACGUCACUGAAUCCAGGUUGUCCUUCUACUCUGGCCAUUCGUCCUUUGGGAUGUACUGCAUGCUGUUUUUGGCGUUAUAUGUGCAGGCACGCAUGGCAUUCAAAUGGGCACGUCUUCUCCGACCCACAAUUCAGUUCUUUUUGGUUGCAUUUGCGAUUUACGUCGGAUACACACGUGUGUCUGAUUACAAACACCACUGGAGUGAUGUACUCGUGGGUCUCUUGCAGGGGGCACUGAUCGCCAUUCUCAAUGUGCGAUACGUCUCGGAUUUUUUCAAGGAACGUCUUCCACGUCAACAGCACCCCGAGCCGUCGGAGACGGACGACUCGGAGCGCAAGCCAAGCCUGCAGAUCGUCGAGCAAGACAGGAAUCACCAUUGCAGCUUUUCUGGGACUGUAUGAAAGACGUUCAAGCUUGAGGCUGGUGUGUUAGCACGCCGUUAGCACACCAACACCCAGAAAGUGUAUAUAAAUAUAUAUAACCACUGGACAGGCUGCAGUGCUGCUCACUAUUUCCCACCCAUCUGCAUCCCAGAGGCAUCAGUGCAGCUACUGUAGCCACUAAAGCUGAGUGGCACUGACUACAGACUUGCCUCCACACGUGGAUAAUCUCUCCUUUAUAUGCCUGUGUGUGUGUGUGUGUGUGUGUGUGUGUGUGUGUGUCAUCAUAUAGUGUUCCUAUAUUUUGUCCUUUCUGUAGAGGGUCUGAUAUAUUUAUACUGUAUGCUGAUUUACAUAAAUCAUAUUUUAGGACUAAAGCACAAAUCUUAAAACAAUCCACUGAUUUUUUUUUUUUUCAAUUAAAAAAAAACAGCAAAAAAAAGGCUUAAAUUGUAUCAAAAUGCAACAACUUCACGUGAUUUGAAGACGGUUCCAAAGUCAAGCGUCAAGGUCGAUCAUGGGUCGGUCCGUUAAAUUUCAAGAAGCCGUGCCACUGAAAACGUCUGAUGUGUUACUCAUCCACUAUAUUAUGACGAGGAAAGUGAAGUUGACGUUUUUUUUAAUCUACUUUUAAGAUUUUUUUUUUUUUAAAUGAAAAUAUAUCCUGUGGUGGUUGAUUGAUUUAUAGUUAUGACCCUCCUGGUGAAUGGCAGUAGUGUUUUAUCUAUAAAAAGCCUCCAACACAUUCACGAGGUGGACUGCAUAAUGUGACUAAUUUUUACGUUUAUAUAUAUUUAAAAAAAAAAGAUUUAUAUGAUAUUGUCUAACUUCAGCAAAUACCACUAGCUAACUAUUGCAUAUUUGCAAGCUUAUUACUUUUUUUUUUUUUCCUCUACUGCCUUUUUGUAUUUUUUUAAAUGUGAAUUUAGGGACAAGAGGAGUUUUUAAAAAUUUAUAUAUAUAUAUAAUCUCAUAAGUGAUGGAUAUAAUUUUUAAAAAGUCUAAAAAAAAAAGUGAUACGAUAAAUAGGUUUAAGGUUGCACCAUUUUUUGCUCGUUGCUCAUUAUCGGAACAGAGCGGUUUUCGGUAAUCUUUGUCUGGAUUAGCAAGGGUUUUGCGAUGUUGCAUUCAUUUCUUGGAUGAAUGCUUUGGGAGUGGACCUCAUGACAGAUCUGACGUGUGUCUGGCACAGAUCUCACACAGAUCCUCAAAGCUUCAAUUUUUGAAAAGCUGCCCAAGGCACGUGCUUAGGAUUUGUCAGUGGUCAUAGCAUAUUAUGAUUUUUAUUUUUUUUAAAUUCCCUUGUGGCAAUGCUGAGUGUAUGUGCAGAACAUCUUUCUCAUCUUGCCCUUAAUCCAAAAUGUCCUUUCUUUGGAAUGAGAUCUCCAUCAUUCUUGUGAACCACGUGUUGGGCUUUACCACAUAAUUGCAAGAUUGGGUUUAAAAGCAGAGUCGGAUUCACCUCUCCAAGCUUGUGUGAAACCAUGGUGCAAAAACAACUGCUGUAAAACUAGUGUUCAUGUUUUGUGCAUUAUAUAAAACGUCUUCAGCGUUAGUUGCGUAUCGUUUUGUCCUCCUACAUGACUAAUAAUGAAAUUACUCUUGCGUUUUUACGUACAGUAUAUUACUAUCAUAUUGAUCUGUUCCAGCUAUAGAAAUACGACUCCGUGUGAAUUCAUGUCCGCUUCGGAUUAAGCACAUUUACGCGUGCUAACAAACACUACGACAAGCUGUGCAUUUCAGCAACAUUGCUUAGGUUGCGAGAUUUUUUAAUUUUUUUUAACACGCUCUAUAUUUACCGAGCAUGAAGUGACUUUUUUCCCCCUUUUUCUCCAACAAACAGAGCCUCUCUGUGUUCCUCUGGGGUAGCUGCUGAAAGCCAAAGGCCUGAAAAUAGCGCAGGCCCCAGUGCAAGGGAGAGCUCCCUUACUGCAAAGCAUCUUUUAUUUUAUUUGUGUACUAAAUUGAAUGUGGAACAGAUUCAAAAGGCAUAAACACAUUCCUGCAUUUUCACUCCGCUUCAGUUUGCAACAGCGCAAAUACCUAUAUAUAUAAAAUAUUUUUCAUCUACAUUUUUAUAUUGCCUGUACAAGCGCUAACGUACUAAUAUGCACAGGUUUUUGGAAUGUUUUCUAAUCUCUUUUCUGAGACGGGAGUUGGGAUUUUCUUCAAAAUGUGAAAAUGCCUCCAGAGCCAAGAUCAAGAUAAACCCCUAAACCUGACCAAAUGUAAUGUCGUCUAAUGUACCUACCAAUCUAUCUGAUCCCAAAGCUACAUCUACAAAAUAUAUAGUCAUGGCACAGUUUAAGUUUAAUCCUCUGGAUACAGAUUUACAGUUUUCUAUCCACUAAUUUCUAAUUAGGCCUCUGAAUUUGUGUUUGUGGAUUUUUGAAGCUAAGUAUCUGUAGCAGGUGAGUUUUACUGUUGUUCUGUCCAAUACUGUUGUUCUGGCCUGCACACUGAUUUUUCCCCAAAGUAUUGCACACAUCCAAUAUUUUUAUAUCUAUGUAUUUUAAAAAAUUUUUAUGUCUUUAACUACUGCAGAUUUAAUAAAAAUCAAUUACUCGUGUA